AUGAAAAUAUAUAAAUAUUCAUUAACUUUUAUUUUUUUAAUUUUUAUUUUUUUAAAUAACGUUUGUUCACAAAAUAUUAAUAAUAAUAAUAAUAAUAUUAACCAAUAUGAAGAUAAUAAUAUAAUAAAUAUUUACAUAAAUUCAAACAAUCAAAAUAAUGGUAAUGGAACAAUUAUAAAUCCAUACAAUAGCAUUUGUCAAAUAGAAUCAAUACUUAAUAAUAUUAAUAAUAAUAAUAAUAAUAAUAAUAAUAAUAAAAAUAAUAAUAAUAUAGCUACAUCUAUAAUAAUAGUAAAUAUAGGAUAUGGUAUAUACAAUGAUACAAAUUGUUAUCAAUUUUUAAUUUUAAAUUGUAAAAAUGUUACAUUCAAACCAUAUAUAAGUAAUAGUAGCAGUAGUAAAGAUAAUAAUAAUAAUAAUAAUAAUAAUAAUAAUAAUAAUAAUAAUAAUAAUAAUAAUAAUAAUAAUAAUAAUAAUAAUAAAGAAGAAGAAGAAGGAGAACAAAAAGUUUCAAUUUAUAAUUCAUUUAAAAUAAUAAAUUCAAAAUUUUAUAUUCAAGGACCUUUUAUAACAUUUUAUGGUAGUUGGAAUAUAAGUAAUAGUGAAAUGAAUAUUAUAGAUAAUGCUUAUAUAAUUUUCAAGGAUAAAUAUAAUAUAUAUAGUAUAAUUUCAAAUUCAGUGAUUAAAUUAAUAAAUUCAACAAUGAUAUCAUCAAUCUAUGAUCAAAAAUAUAUGAUAGAGGAUAGUUUACUAUAUUUUCAAAAAUCAACAUUAAAACAAGUAUCAAUUAAUUUCAAUUCAAAUCCGAAAUUCGCUAGUAGUGGUGGUGGUGGUAGAGUAGAAAUUAUAGAUUCUAAAGUAAUGGGAAGUUUCUUUCAAAUGGGAUUUAGUGAUAUAAAUGUUAAAAAUUCAAUAUGGCAAGAAACUGUACUAUUUACAGUAGCAGAUAAUAGUAAAUUUGAAAAUAUAUUAUUUAAUCAAAAUGACCUAAAAUUAUGGUCAGAAUAUUAUAAUAGUGUUGGCAUUAUUAAUAUAGAUAAAGAGUUAUUCAAUGAAAAUGGCUCAAAAAUUACUAUUCUAAAUUCAGAAUUUAGAGCCAAUCCUAAAUAUGGCGCACUUUCAUUAAUAGUUUCACUUGAUAUUGAGCAAGAUGUAUUGAUUAUAUUGUAUAAUAUUAGAAUGAUAGGAUUUCAUAAAUAUGAGUCAAUGUUUGCAUCGACAUCCUAUGGUGGAAAUAUAACAAUAUCAUUGGAGUUGGUGGAAUUUGAUAAUUGCGUUUCACCAUCAAUGUUUACAAUGGAGAAUACAAAUUUAGUAAUCAGUGAUUUAAUUUUUACAAAUUGUAUUUUUGAGACAAUGUUAGAAGCACGUAAUUCAUCAAAUAUUGAAAUUUCAAAUCUAUCAAUUAACUCUACACAAAAUAAUAUAAUUCAAAAGUUUUUGUCGAUGCCAAAAGAUGAAAAUAGUUUCGAAAUGUCGAGUAGUAUUGAAUUCUCUAAUAUUUUCUUGGAAUCUAUUGAAGGUUCAUUUGAGUUCAGAAAUUCAAUUGUUAAUUUCGAAUUUGUAACAAUGAUAUCAAUAGGUAGUGAUUCAUUCAUAAAUGGCUAUCAAGGGAGCAUAGUUAAUAUUAUAUCAAGUGAUUUCAUUUCAAAUCCAUUUGGUAAAAUUAAUCAACUUUUCUAUUUCGAACAAAGUUCAAUAACAAUAUCACAAUCUAAUUUCUUUGAUAGCGCAGUACCAAUAGUGAUGGCUGUGAAGAAUUCCUCUGUGUUAAUUGAUAACAAUUCAAAAUUUAUUGACCUUCAAACCAGUCAGCCGAUAAUUACCGUUGCUGAUGACUCGAUAUUGGAGAUAUAUUCUACACUAUUUAACAAUUGUAGAAUUAGUUCAUCAUCUUUAAUUCAAUCAGAGAGUUCAUUGGUUUAUAUUAGUGAGACUAACUUUCUAUUGGUUAGUCAACAACUAUUCAAUUCAUCACGGUCAAAGAUCUCCAUGAAUAUUGUUAAUGUUUCUCAAAGUUUUACACAAAGUCAAUUGAUAACAUCAGUAGAUGAUUAUAUUUUCAUUGCAAGUUCAGUAUUUGAUGGUAAUCAUGGUUUAAGUUAUCAAAUGUUUACUUUAAAUGGUUCAAUUUUAAAUAUCACUCAAACUCAAUUCAACGGAAAUUCAUUUAAUCCAUUGAUUAAAAGUGUAAAUUCGACCAUAGAAUUCGUUGAAACUCUUUAUUCAAAUAAUACAGGUUCAUUUAUAAAUAGUAAAGAUGAUCAAUUGAUUUCAAUUUCAUUUCUCGAAUUCUAUGAUAGUAGACUACCAAUUAACUAUCUUUUAAGUUCAGAUAGUACCAAAACCAUUAUUUUAAAUCAAAUAUUUAUCAAUAAUAAUUAUUUCACUCAAUUUUUCAUUAGUUCUUUUAAUGCUGAAACAUUUGAAAUCGAUACUUUCGAAUUUGGCAAUAAUUUAAUAGUUCAUGUUCCAAUGCUAUUAUGUCCUUACAAUCAAUUUGAUGGAUUAGGUGGUUUUAUAUCAUUAACUCAAGUUUCCAAUGUAUUAAUCAAAAACUUUAAUAUUAGAAAUAAUCAAAUUGGUACUACAUUUUUAACUUUUUAUGAUUGUGUCUUUAGUAAAUAUAAUAGUAACAAUAGUAAUAGUAAUAGUUAUAGUAAUAGUUAUAGUAAUACUGGAAGUGGUGUUGGUGGUGGUAGUAGUGGUAGUUGUAGUGGCAGUAGUAGCGGCAGUAGUAGCGGUAGUAGUAGUUGUAGUGGUAGUGUUAAUAUUCAAAAUUCACAAUUCACUUCAAAUACCAUUCAAAGUGAUAUAAGUUUAUAUUCAGAAUCCAACUAUUUAAUUGAAUCUAAAAGUUCAGAAGUUUCAAUUUCUUUAACUUAUUUUAAUGGAAAUCAAGGUAAUGGUAAGGGUUUAAUAUUGGUCAUAAAUUCAAAUAUAACAAUUUAUGGUUGUUCAAUAGAUUCAAAUUUUUUUGAAAAUGGAACGGGUGCAAUAUUAUCAUUUUUCCCAGACUACUUAAUAGAUGAUAGUUUUCAAUGGUUUGUUAUUGUACAAUCUCUUUUGACUACAAACUUUGGUAUCUAUGGUGGUGUACUUUAUUUCAACUCUCCCCAGUCUCUAAAUAACCCAUUAUCUAAAAUAGAAAAUAAUUCUUUUAUAAAUAAUCGAGCUUUACAACAAGGCGGUGUUGUAUAUACAACAGAUUCUCCUUUCAAUGAAAAUAUGACCAAAGUUCUUAACUCUAAUUUUUUUAUUGGCAAUACUGCAUUUUGUGGUCCAAACUUUUCAUCAAAUAUGAUGAAAAAUCCACAACUUUCAAAUCCAAUUAGUCAAGUUGUUGAUGAUGGUUCAUCAAUAAUUGAAUAUCAAUUUGUAGAUUAUUAUGGUAAUUUGUUUACUCCAUUCUCUUCAAUACUUACUAUUUAUGUUAAUAGAACAUCAACCAAUCAUUUGAUGAAUGUUACAAAUAAUGUUAAUGCUGGAAUGGGUAAAUUCACAUUUGAAUUCAUUGGUAGUAUUAAUGAUGAAUAUUUAAUUGGUGUGAAUAGUCCAACACCAGUGCUUGCAAAAGUUUAUGUUGAUGGUUGUUCGCCAUAUCAAUUCUAUAAUACAACGAGUGAAAUGUGUACCUAUUGUCCAAAUAACUACGCCCUUAGUCAAUUGUUAGGAAAAUGUUAUCCAUGUAAUACAAAUAUAAUGAAUUGUUUGGCAUCAACUGUAUUUGCAAUUGAUGGUUAUUAUUUAGUGAAUAAUGAUGUUUCAAUGGUUGAACAAUGUCCAUUGGAUAUGUGUCUUUCUUAUAAUCUUUGUACAUCAAAUUCAAGUUUUGGUAAUUUAUGCUUUAGUUGUAAAGAUGAGUAUGGUAAUUUAGUUCAAACAAAGAAUGGUAUAAGAUGUUGUUCACAUUUCAAACCAAUACUUUUAAUACCAAUUUUAGUAUUCCAUUUAAUAUUUGCAUUAGUAUUAUCGUUAAUUAAACAUAAUAGUUUUAGAAUACCAAUUAGUCAAAUUAUAAUAUUCCUUCAAAUUAAUUCAGUAGUAUUCUUUUCAUAUAGUGGUAUUUACAUUUUACCAUUAUUCAGAAUGUCAGUAGAUAUGUUAGAUGGUUAUUGUCUAUGGGAGGGUUUAAAUUAUAAUUUCAAAAGCUUUUUAUCAUUUUCAAUUAUAAUUUCAUUAUUUUUAAUUGGUUCAACUGAUAUUACACCUUCAAUUAUAAUUAAAAUUUAUAAAAAAAUUUCAACAAGAAAAGAUAAUAGAAAUUUAUCAUUGUUAAUUAAUGAUAGAAAUAUAACUCCACUACAACAACAACAACAACCAAUAGCAAAAUAUCCAAAUUACAUAAUUAAAAUUUUAGAAGGAAAAAUUAAGCAUAGAUCAAUUUAUUAUUGGAAAUCCAUUUGGUCGUUAUUUCAAUUAUUUGUAAUUCCAUUAGCAUUCAAUGCAAUGUCAUUAGUAAUUUCAAAACAAGUUGGUAGUGAAAAUUAUUUAGCAGUAGAUUUUUCAAUUGAUUUUCAAUCAAAUUCAAAUCAAGCUUGUAUUUUAAUUGCAAUUUUAAUCUUUAUAAUUUUAGCCAUUGUUUUAUUUAUGCAAUUAAUAUUAUUAUUGUCUAAAUUUAAAAUUGGUGGUAAUCGAAUAUUUAAAAAUAGAAUUACAGAAUCUCUAUUAAAGAUUCAACAAUAUCAAUUAGAAUACAGAACAAACUUUAAAUGGUUUCCAAUUGUCAUAAACUCCAGAUCAAUUAUUAUUUGUGUUUUAUCAAUAGUUUUAUUAUUUAAAGCACAAUAUUACAUUCCAAUCAUUCUAUUAAUUCAAAUCUUUUAUACAAUAAUUUCUUUGUUAAUUAAUCCAAUCAAAUGGAAAUAUUUAAGAGAUUUUAAUAAUAUUAUCAAUUUAUUACAAGUGGUGAUUUUAAUCACUGCCAACUCAAAUUUAUUACAAUCAAAAUCACUCUUUAAUGAAGGUUUAAUAAUAACCAUUAUCACUUUCUCUUUUGCUUUACUCUCAAUAAUUUCCAUUUUUUUAUUAUAUAAUGGAAAAAAUAAAAAAAUUAGAAGAAAACUUAAAUAA